UUUCUGUCUGGACACGCAUAGUCCAAGCUGGGUUCUUCUGGUUUUUCUCACUCUUUUCCCACUUUUAUGCUCUGUCACUCUCUCUCUGACACCUUUUUCAAUUCUUCAAUACCCUUUAAACUUUUUGAGUCCUCCAAACCGCUAAGUCGCUAACCCAAUCUGCUUAUCUCAUCUCCUUGUAGGAGUUUCCAAGUGUUCUGGUUGCAGACCCUUACACAAUUCUCUCUUCUUUAAUUCCUGUGUACAUAUCCGAGGUCGAUGUGAAAGAGCUCAGCUAUUUACAGUGCAUGUAACCUAGUAAGAGCUGAUGUUAGUAAAAUCAUGCAGCUGUAUCAUCACCCAUACUCUUUGGAUAGCCAAAAGGUGAGACUUGCCCUGGAAGAGAAAAUUAUCGAUUACACUUCAUACCAUGUCAAUCCUAUAACAGGCAAGAACAUGGAUUCCUCAUUCUUCAGGAUGAAUCCAAGUGGAAAACUCCCUGUUUUCAAGAAUGGUGCUCACAUCAUUUUCAGCACUAUUGAGAUAAUCCAGUAUAUAGAAAGAAUUGCUAUUGUCUCGUCAGGUGGUGACAACAUCCCCUCUAGUGGCAGAGAAGUUGUUGAUUGGAUGCAGAAGAUACAAGACUGGAACCCUAAGUUCUUCACACUUUCCCACAUCCCAGAGAAGUACCGGUUCUGUGUGUCCAAAUUCAUAAGGCGGGUGGUGAUUGCUCGGAUGGCUGAAUAUCCUGAUCUAGCUACAGCUUACCAUCAGAAGCUAAGAGAAGCAUAUGAGACAGAAGACAAGUUGAAAAACCAGGAUGUUUUGCGACGGAACAAGGAGCAUUUAAUUAGACUUCUUGAUGAAGUGGAAACACAGCUGAACGAAACAGCGUAUUUAGCAGGGGAAGAAUUUAGCAUGGCAGAUGUGAUACUCAUUCCAGUGCUGGCUCGCUUAGUGCUCUUGAAUUUGGAAGAUGAGUAUAUAAGCAGCAGGCCAAACAUUGCUGAGUACUGGUUUUUGGUGAAGCGGAGGCCUAGUUAUAAAAAGGUUAUUGGUAAGUACUUCGAUGGCUGGAAGAGGUACAAAACACUAAUAAAAACUUGGUGCUUUGUUCGUAUCAGAAGCAUGCUAAAAAGAUAUUGAUAAAUUAUAUACAGAUCAGAGUUUGACAGAAUGAACAAAUUCAGAGUUUGAGUAA